AUGGACGAAGAUAGCAGACUAUUCGAGUCGGUCAACAUUGGUCUCACUAGCAUCGAGAAAGGAGCUGAAAGGUUCCUACGCGAUGGAGCCCCCUGUCCUCCACCUCUGUCUUACUGGCGGAACAAUUUGACUGCUUUGUCCCAACGCUUCAAUCUCUACUUUGUCGCGACGAGAGAUACCGUUGCUGUCUACAGACCUGACUUUCCCUUUCAGAAACUUCACAGACUACCUGCUCUACUCAUUGUGCCUUCGCUGGCGAAUCCGAAUGCCGCCGGCUACAUUGACUCCCAAUUUCCUCAUGGAAUCAACCAUUUGAUUGUGGGAGACUUGGGGAAAGAGGAGAUCCUUCUCAUGGCAACCGAUUCCGGCAAUGUGUGCGCCUACUAUACCAAGUCAAUUCUUGAAGCCAUUCGAAAAGACCCGUACCGCUUCAGCACAGAUGGUCGGAGCGACUGUGUCGGAGUCUGGCCUUUCUUCACACAGUGGGUUCAUGAAUCUGCCUGGGGCCUUGCUAUCCACACCAAUGCCCGAAUGAUUGCCGUAUCGGCGAACACGCCUCAUCACGUUGCAGACGAUGAUCCUUGUGCUAAAAUCACUGUAUUUGCCUUCGCCUUGACAGACGCGGGCAGCGAAGGGAGAGACGACGAGGAUCGAAUGUCCGACGAUGAUUCCGAGCUGCCCGAACAUGCUAAACAAACAGAUUGGCAAGAAUGGAUGGCAGUAGGUCUUGAUGCUACCGCUCCACCGCGGAAUAAAAAUUACAAAAUCACUCUCCGUGGUAUCGAUGGCCACGACCAUAACAUCCCCUGCAUAUCCUUCGUAAACACAGACGAUGACCUGGGGGGCAAUUGGCUCCUGAGCACCGCCAUUAAUGGUGAGAUGAAGAUCUGGCAGAUUUGGCAAGGGAUCUGCCACAAGGCCUGGGAUUUCUCGGAAAGGAGCAUGCGUGCUAACGCUUACCGAAGGCGGGAAGGCGGCUGGCUUGUCGCUGCCCUAGAUCCUUGCGCCUUCCGGCCGGCUAGGACAAUGGAGCAAUUUUGCGGAUACUUCAAGGUUCCCCAGUAUCAUGGACAUAAUAGCCUGGAAAGCUACGACCUGACCAAUGUUGUCCGACUUCGCACGCCUAGCAACAGUCACAUACACUUUAUCAUGUAUGAAGAGAGAGGGAACGACGACGACGACAAUGAUGAAGUCCGGGAGACUUUUGACUCUUGGUCCGAUAUGGAAGAAGCUAGUGUCGACGCGGAUCAUGCUGAGGCUAAUGCGAGUUCGCUCCCAGUUUAUCUUGGAUACAAUAAUGAUGGAUCCUCGGAGGACGGCACCUGGACCACGGAAAACCCCCACGACAACCUCGAGUCAGAAACCAGUGAGGUUACCUCUGGUUCUGGUUCUAAUGCGAGAUCUGUUGACAUUGGCCAUGACUCUAUGACACCUCAAAGAGACGCUCUCUCGCUAGAAUAUAUGCAGUUCGCAGAGGCUGACACGGACUCUGAGGAGAGCGAAGAGGAAGAAUUGCAAUAUCCUUCAAGCUCGGAGGAAGUGGAGGAUGCUGACCUUUCUUCCACCAGCCGGCGAAGCACUACAUCACUGUCAAGUCUCGCACACCGAACCAGCCAGGAGAUUGACGUGGAUGUCUUGUCCACAUCUGACAUGGAUUCUCCGUUGCGCAGAAGCCAACACACUGAACUGAAAAGCCCCAAGCCUGUCAUCGAGAGCAGUGCUUCGACAGUUCCCAGAGCCGGUGUCAGGGCCACUCCACCCAAUAUACCUACUCUCCAUUGCAGCCUGUCGAAUUUAAGACUGCUCAUGGCCCCUAAAGCCGAUUCCCCACACGUCUUUUGUGCCAACAUCCUCAAACAGGCAUUGCCUCCUAUCAUUCAGAGCACAAAUCACGCCAACAUCGAUAGACUCAACAUGUUGCUGCAAAUUCCCGAGUUGGGCAUUGUCAUCGUCGCGACCCAGAUCGGCCGAUGUGCCGUCUGUUCGUUGACGAAGAAUGAGAAAACUGGAACACUGGGCCUGCGAGUGAGCUGGAUAUUACCAACCAAGAAACAAGAGCGGAAAGGACUUCGACCAUUUGGGCCACUACUUGGGAUAGCAGCUUCACCAGUCCAGGGUUGCUUUAGCACCGAUGAAUUUGCAGUUCGAUCAGAAUCCGGCGAGUCAACGAAGUGGGGAAGGGACGGGCUUGUGGAUGGAAUUCCAACCACAUUUGACCAUACCGUACUUGUCUUCGAUGAGCGCAAUGGCGCGGAAGACGACUCCCAGCUCUCGAACGUGGAUGCAGACUCCGGGGAGCGUACUAAUCGGCCGCGGACGAAGAGGAAACGUCUGUCACAUGAUCCCCGGAAAAGGGGGUUUGGGAGGAUCAGGACCGAGUUACGGGAUUGGGAAGUUCCAUCAAGUCCAGAGCCAUGGCAGGCCUUGGAAAGUAGUCGCCGGUACAGGCUGAUGCUGACAUAUAUGGAUAUGACCGUCCUAUCCUACGAGCUGUCGCGGGGUGUGGAAAGGGAGGAUAUCGCUUACGAGGAGGUAUCGACGCUCGACCUGCUUGACUGA